GGUGUGAUGCCACAACCUGCUUAUAAAGGGGCUCGCACGUUGUGGCUCUAAAUCAGUCCAUAUCGCCUCAUUUUGUGGGUCAGACAGCACGCUCGCCCAGUCCUUAUACAUGGAGCUCUUUAACGUGGUGAAGAUGCUUCAGCUUGUCGAGACUCCUCUCUACUGGGUCGGUGCAGUCACCACGGCCUCGCUAGCGUUGUGGUUCCUCUACCACAUCAUCUCCGGCUUCAGGAUAUGGGUUCUAGGAAAUGGAGAUUUGCUGUCACCCAAACUGGGUAAAUGGGCAGUUGUAACAGGAGCCACAGAUGGAAUUGGGAAAUCCUAUGCGGAGGAGCUUGCUCAACGAGGAUUCUCCAUAAUGCUCAUCAGUCGAUCACAGGAGAAGCUAGACGAUGUUGCCAAGUCCCUUGAAAGUCUAUAUAAUGUGGAGACGAAGACCCUUGCUGUGGAUUUUGGUCAGAUUGACAUCUAUCCCAAGAUUGAUUCUGCACUUACUGGGCUAGAAAUAGGAGUCCUUGUAAACAAUGUCGGCAUUUCUUACCCUUACCCUGAGUUCUUCCUGCACAUCCCUGACCUGGACAAUUUCAUUAACACGAUGAUCAACGUCAACAUCAUUUCAGUGUGUCAGAUGACUCGUCUGGUUUUGCCCAAAAUGGAAGCUAGAGCAAAAGGUGUCAUUCUUAACAUCUCCUCUGCUAGUGGCAUGUACCCAGUUCCAUUGCUCACUGUCUAUUCCUCGACCAAGGCUUUUGUUGACUUCUUUUCCCGUGGACUUCAAGCAGAGUACAAGUGCAAAGGCAUCAUUAUUCAGAGUGUUCUGCCUUUCUUCGUGGCCACCAAAAUGACGAAGAUCAGGAAACCCACCCUGGACAAGCCAACUCCUGAGCGUUAUGUAGCUGCUGAGCUAACUACUGUGGGGCUACAGGACCAGACCAAUGGUUAUUUCCCCCAUGCAGUUAUGGGAUGGUUGACCACUGUUUUAGUUCCCAUCAAACUGGUCAUUUACUUUGGCAUGCGCAUGAACAAGGCUCAGCGUGGCGGUUAUCUCCGGAGAAGAAAGCUGCGAUAGCUUGUGGAUGUCUAAAGGGAAAUGACCAAUUGCAUCCAAAUGUCCUUUCCUUCCUUUGGCUUAGUAUGAGUAUGACUGCCUGACUUUUUGUAUCAGUGUUCGAGAAGUUCCGUGCUAUUGUACUGAAUACAUCACUCUUUAGACAAGCCUCUUUUUGUUCUUGUAAGAACUGCUGACCACAGAUGUCACGCUGACAAAUGUUGAAUGAAGUAGUUCAAACUGGGCUUUUAAAUUGGUGAGCAUUUCUCUUUUGGCUUGUGUGAUUUUUGGGAAUGGGUGUAACUUGCAACCAACAGUGUCUAAAGAGUGUUGUGUUGGUACCUAGAGGGCUGUUUUCACUGCUGUUCUAAGCAGACGGUAUUUGAAUGGCGAUUGGGUUCAUAAAUGUUUUCCUGUGUAUUGAAGCCACACGUGCACCUGAUUACUAGCUCACUGCCAGUUCUCUGUAAUCUUUGUUUACAAUAAUGUAUAAAUUUUCACUUUAUUUUCCUUCAUUUUUGAAAGAUCAUAUGAAUAGUGACCUUUUUUUUUUAAACUUGCUUUUUCCACUUUACAUUUUGUAAACCCCCCCCUCCCAAAAAAAAAAAAAAAACCCCAACAAAAAAAAAAAACCCCUGUAUUUAUGAAUUUGGUGGUGGAUUUUUGGUGUUUUAUACAUGUUUACUAGAUAUCUGCAAUGGUGCUUUUAUAUAUUAUAUUGAGCCAGGAUGGACAGACUGUCAAUCUUUCUGAAUGAUGUGCCUUACAAAAAUGUAUGGGGAUUUGCUAACUGUUGAUGGAGAUCUCUUCCAGCUGCUAAUAUCUCCAACUUGGUAAUGCACUUACCUUUUUUUCAUUCUCUUAGAUCUUUUCACCAAAGAGUAAACUAAGCUAGAUGAAUAAUUUUUUUUGUGGGUUUUUUGUUUGUUUUUAUUUUAAUGGGUCUUUCUAUGGCCUAUGUCUCCAUAUGACUUUUUCAACUAAAGCUAGUCAAAUGAAAACACUCGUGUUUUGACUCUUGCUAGUUGUAUCACAGGGAAAACUUGAAAUAUUACAUUCCAAAAUAGUUGAAUUAUGAUGUGUGCCUUUUUGUUCCACCAAAUCAUGAUUGUGUGUUUAAACUUACAGCUUGUCUACUUUUGAAUAAAGAUGUGAUUUUA